ACGGUAUUCAUUCUCAGUGCAAAGGCAAGGUCUAGAUAAAUUAAUGUACUAUCCUCAAAUAAUUGGAGCCCCCCGCAAAUGUUCCGAAAGCCGAGUAUACCAACGAACUAUCAUCUGUCUCCCUGCAUCCUAGAAGCAAAGUAAGGAGUCCACUACCCUCAUUUGGCCGUGGUAUCACAACUAUUCCAGGAAUUUCGACUUAGUGAAUCCAGGAACAUGUAUAACCAGACUUGUGAAGGAUUCUUUAAGUACCCUACUGCUUGGCCGACGGCCCAUCCUGGGGCAUUCUCCCGGAAGACGAACAUCCCAUAUUAUGCCUGCCGACACUUCAAGGAUCAGCCAUCUCCAGCUCGUCCUCGAUCCACACUAUGUCCCCCCUCAAGCACGAAGCCACCCGUAUACCGGGAUCGGGACCGAAGACAAUCCCUUCCGGGUGAACUGGUUACCCGAUGAUGAAUGCAACCCGAUGACCUUUUCUGCCCGGCGCAAAUGGGCCUUGAACUUGCUCACAGCCAUCGGAGCCUUCAUCGUCGCCUUCGCAUCAUCAGCCUACUCGGGGGGACUGAGCCAGAUCGGCACCGAGCUGCACGCCAACGAGGAAACGACCCUGCUCGGGAUCUCGACGUUUCUGAUCGGCUUCGCAUUCGGUCCCCUCGCGUGGGCGCCCCUCAGCGAGGUGUACGGCCGACGCUAUAUCCUGAUAGCCAGCGGGGCUGGUCUGACGGCAUUUCUGGCCGGAAGUGGCGCGGCGCGCAACAUGGCGAUGGUGCUCAUUCUGCGGCUCCUGGCGGGCAGUCUGGGAUCGGCGCCCAUUGCCAUCGCCGGGGGCGUGAUUGCGGAUUUGUUCCCGGCGCAAACGCGAGGCUUCGCGUUCAGCAUGUUCGUGACGGCGCCCUUCCUCGGCCCGGUCCUGGGACCGGUGUUUGGCGGCUUCGUGGCGGAAUACCUGGGGUGGCGCUGGAUCCAGUGGAUUCUCACGGCCAUCUCGGGGGCUCAUCUGGUGUUGAUAGCUCUGCUCCUUCCAGAGACAUAUGCUCCCCUGAUACUGAAGCGGCGAGCCGAGCGCCUGACCCAAUUGACGGGUUGUCUUCAUGUUAGUUCCGCCGGGAUGCGCCGCCAGAGUAACCUGCGAAUCAUCCUGACGCGGCCGUGGAUCCUGCUCCUGCGGGAACCGAUCAUCCUGCUCUUCUCCAUCUACAUGGCGCUGACCUACGGCACCCUCUACAUGCUCUUCGCCGCGUAUCCCAUCGUGUUCCAGCAGGCCCGAGGGUGGAGCGAGGGCCUCGGGGGCCUCAGCUUCCUCGGCAUCAUGGUGGGGAUUCUGGCGUCCGUCCCGCAUCUCUACUGGGCCCACCUCCGCUACCGCCGCAUCCUCAAGUUGUCGACGCGACCCGUCCUCCCCGAGCAGCGUCUGCCGGAUUGCUUUGCGGCCAGUCUCUGCCUCCCGAUUGCGCUGUUCUGGUUUGCGUGGACGGACGCCCCCUCCACCACCCACUGGAUUGUGCCCAUCCUGGCGGGGAUCCCGUUCGGCUACGGCUGCGUCAUGCUGUUCCUGCCCUGCUUCAACUACCUGGUGGACUCGUACACCAUCUACGCCGCCUCGGUGCUGGCGGUGAGUGCCGCCCUCCGGUCUCUCUGCGGCGCGACCUUCCCCCUCUUCACCACGCGGAUGUAUGCCCGGCUGGGCCUCCACUGGGCGGCCUCGGUCCCGGCGUUCAUGGCGUUGGUCUGCGUGCCGAUUCCGUGGUUGUUUUAUCGUUAUGGGGCCCGGAUCCGCAAGCGAUGUCCUUAUGCGAAAGAGGCGGACGCUGUCAUGGAGCAGUUCCGGCAGGCAUCUGCAACUACUGUACCCGGAGGUUGAGCUGGACUUAUGGGCACUUUGCG